CUCCCGUUCGGCGUCACCCGUCGCCACGGGAACGACGCCGCUGUGGUCGCAGGAUGAGUCGGGCGUCGGCGGUGGAGCCAGGGUGGCGGUUUCCUGUGUCUUGGGAACUCUUCCUCGAAGAUGGUAGAAGUGGAGCCUUGUAACAUUUUUCAGGUAUGAAAGAGUGAAAUGACUGCUACGGAGCCAACCAGCAGACCAUCCUCUGGGUCCAAAAGCACUUCCUUUGAUCUGCCUGUACACUCCAUCACAGAUCCCAACACCAACAUCAUGAAUGUUCCAAGGCCUAAGUCUGCCAAAGGUCGGAGUCGCUCUAACUCAGCGUACGUUCACGGCACAGAGAAUUGUUCCUAUCCUGUUCCGAUUCCAACUACCUUCAGUGAUCGAAGCAGCUGUCCCUCAUCCUCGCCCCCUGUCUUAUAUCCACACAGCAGGAUCACUCGCAUGACCAAAGAGGAAGUCCCAGAACUUCUCCAUCCUGUACCUUCUCGGCCAUCGUCAUCCUUAAAUCGGUACAGAGUUCUACCCUCCAUUGGGACCAGCGUCAUCAGAACAAAGACUCCAGACCAUAACGUGGACUUAAGCAUUGACAUUGAAGAAAAAUUAAGCUUACACGGGGAAAAGGAGCCAUCACACUUUAAAUCCAAAAAUCUAACUUCCAAAGCACAUUCCCUUGUCUUCCCACUGGACGAACCUUCAGAAUCUGAGCCGAAAUUGCGACUUGCUGUGAGGUACCCAUCGGGCCAGAGAUUUGAGCGUUGCUUCAGGCCUACAGAUACACUACAGACUAUCCUGUCUGUGGCGGAUUGGAGGAGUGAUGGUGACUAUAAGAAUUUUGUCGUUGAAACGAUGGAUGUGCCUAGGAAGAGCUUCAAUGAUUUGUCGAAGACACUGGAGGAAUGUGGAAUUCAGAAUAAAUCAGUUCUUUGUAUCUUACAUGAUGAUGAUGAUUAAUGCAUGUGUUAGUGACUUGUGUAUCACUUUUCCUAUUGAAAAUUGUAAGAAUGUCAAACCUACAGAUUUUUCAAAUUUGUUAAUACUUCUUACCAUAAAUCCACAUCAAUGAGACAAACAGCAUAACUUCAGUGGCAAACACAAGAGAUUCUGCAGAUGCUGGAAAUCCAGAGCAAUGUGCACAAAAUGCUGGAGGAAUUCGGCAGGUCAUCUCUGGAGAGGAAUAAGCAGUCAAAGAUUCAGUCUGAGUCUCGUCAUCAGGACUGGAAAGGAAGGGGGAAGAUGUUAAAGUAACAAGGCGGGGGUGGAAAAGGAGUGUGACAUUUAAAUGGCAUUUUCUUACAUUCUAAAGCAUAACUAACAGUGGAAAGGUGGACAAGUGAGGCAGUGAUCUACAUUUUCCAUGGUCAAGUUAGGUGUUGUGGUGUGCAGUAGUUAUAUUUCUCUUCAGACCAGUGAAGAGAUCCCAAACAGAAGAACUUGUGGAUAAUUUACAAAUGCAAAAGUUGAUCUAGAAAAUAAAAGGGAAGUUUAGUAUGCACUCAGUGGUCACUUUAUUAGGUACACCUGUACAUUAAUGCAAAUAUUUAGUCAGCCAAUGAUGAGGCAACAACUCAAAACAUGCAGAUAUGGUCAAGAGGUUCAGUUGUUCAGACUAAACAUCAGAUUGUGGAAGAAAUGUGAUCACAGUGACUUUGACUGUGGAGUGAUUGUUCGUGGUAGACAAUGGUUUUAGUAUCUCUGAAAUUGCUGAUCUCUUUGGAUUUUCAUGUUAAACGGUCUCUGGAGUUUACAGAGAAUAGUGCAAAAAAGAAAAAAAAACCCAUCUAGUUCUGUGUGCGAAAUGCCUUGUUAAUGAGAGAGGUCUGCGGAGAAUGGCCAGACUGGUUCAAGCUGACAAGAAGGCUACAAUAAUUCAAAGCAACAUGCAAAAUGCUGGAGGAGCUCAGCAAGCCAGGUAACAUCUAUGGAAAUGAAUAAACAGUCGAUGUUUCAGCCCAAGACCCUUCACCAGGACUGGAAAGGAAGGGGGAGCAAGUCAGACUAAGAAGUGAGGUUGUAGGUGACAGGUGAAACUGGGAGGCUAAAUUAACUGAGAAUAAAUUGAGAAGGUGGUAUACAUAGUGUGUUGUAGUCAUCAGUAAUCUGUAGCAACUUUGCGUACAGAGUUUGCAUAAGUAGAUACACAACUUGGAUAUGACAUAGGAGCCAUCCCAACCUGAAUCAUAGCAAAGCCAGAUCUUCAAAGUCUUCCUAGCAUAAAAUAAGCCUUUUUGCUGUGGAGCCAGUGGUCAGUGAGGACGUGUGGUCCCAGUCCCAGUCCCUGUCACUCAUGUGCAUUCUUUCUGUCCCCAAAGUAGACCCACCAAUUGCAAAGGCAUUUCCCACCGAGAGUCACCACCAGUGGUGAGAAAUCCCACUAAAAAGUCAAAUUUAUCAUCAAUUCCUUGCAGGCAUUUACAGAAAGUUAAAGAAAUACAAUAAAAUUUAUGAAAACUAUGAAGUCUGACAAACAAGCAAUGUGCAGAAGAAGACAAAUUAUGUAAAUAAAUAAUACUGAGGACAUGAGUUAUACAGUCCUUGAAAAUGAAUCUGUAGGUUGUGGAAUCUGUUCAGAGUUGAGGUGAGUGAAGUUCUGCACUGGUUCAAGAGCCUGAUCAUUGUAGGAUAAUAAUUGCUCCUAAACCUAGUGAUGUGUGACCUGAGGCUCCUGUUUCUCUUUCCUGAUGGUGGUAGUGAGAAGAGAGCGUGUCCUGGAUGGUGGGGUCCUUGAUGAUGGGUGCAGCUUUCUUGUGGCUGCAUUCCUUGUAGAUGUGCUCAGUGGUGGGGAGGGUUUUGCAUGUGAUGGGCUGGACUGUUAUCUGUUACUUUCUGAAGACUUUUCCAUUCUGGCCUAUCUAUUGAACAUCUUCUGUGCAAUAGAAUGUAGAGCUGGGACUCACGAUCCCAGCACAUGCAGUGCAUUGCAUAUUGGUCUCGCAUAGCUCUAAUAGAAGCCCCUUGCAGCAUUAUUUCAGCUCAUUGUUUUACUUACACAACAGAUUCUAACCAAUUUCUUCUGUUGAUGCACCUGCUGGAUAUUUCAAAUUCUUUUGAACAAAACAGAAGGUUGUAUUAGCAGCAGCAGCAGCAAUUUAAACCAGAAAUUCUGGGCAUGCAACUUCUAAAAGAAAUUGGUUUUGGCCCAGAUUUAAAUGACAAAAGAUCUUCCCUUGAGUGUGGUGCUGCCUGAUCACAUCAUUGGUGAAACUGUGUACAGAAUAAGUACAAGGUGUAAUAAAACUCUGUGAUCUUGUUGAAAACAAUCAAAUGUUGGAAGGUUGAGAUAUAGUGGAUGUGUCUAGGACCAGAGGGCACAGUUUCAGAACAGAGGGACAUCCAUUUAGAACUGAGAUGAAGAGGAAUUUCUUUAGUCAGAGGUUGAAUCAGUGGAAUUCAUUGCCACUGAUAGCUGGGGUGGCAAAGUGUUUGGGUAUAUUUAAAGUGGAGGUUGAUACACUCUUGAUUAGUCAGGGUGUCAAAGGUUACAGGGAGAAGGCUGGAGAAAGGAGUUGAGAAGGAUAAUAAAUCAGCAAUGAUUGAAUGGCAGAGCAGACUCGAUAACCUCAAUGGCCUUAUUCUGUCCCCUUAUGAAAGGGGAAAGGGGCCAUUUGAUCUGUAAGACAGACUAACUUUUCCUGCAUUUCAACCUCCUUACAGGAAAAGCAAAGGAUAAACAGGGAAAGAGUUAAAUGUGCGGAGCACCGUGGUUCCUAGUUUUAAGUUUCCUUUGACAUUGCCCAUGGACAAGUGAGCAUUUCAUGCUUUUAAUCUACAUUUAGGAGUGACUUUAAUUUUUUUAAUGAUUUUUAUGAAAUUUUAAUAUAUUUUGUUUAAAAUGUUAUGACAUUUCUGAUCUACUUGUUGUUUAAUACCAACCUUCUUAUACAAUGACAUUUUCUCUGUUGUCUUCUGUUUACAUUACUGGUUACCAAGCACAGAAUACAUCAAAUAACCUGAACAACCCUGAUAUGAACAUUAUGUUGAUUCACUGGAGUUUCUGUUCAACCCCAUGACAGGUUUUUAAAUCCUUCACAAGAUAUUUGCUUUUCAAAUGGAAUUUUAAUAUUCAUUUCAAGUGGAAAGAGCCAAACUGUAAUAAAUAUUGAAUGUCUUUCGGCUGAAUUCACUCUAUUGUCACUUUUGUGAAGCCAUUUCUGCAUUUUUUUCUACAGGAAAAAUAGCACAGAGGUAGCAAUCCGCAUUGGUUCUGUGUUUUAUUAAUGUCGCAACAAGGUGCUGAGUAAUAGAAGCACAGAAGAAGAUGCUGCAAGGUAAACUCCUAUAAUGCAGUGACCAGAACGACUCCAAAAGGGAGGCCGCGGUAGCGUAGUGGUUUAAUGACACUGUUACAGCUCGCAACAUUCCAGAGUUAAGAGUUCAAUUCCAGCAUCCUCUGCAAGCACAUUUGUUCAUUUCUUCUCAUGACUGUGUAGGUUAUCUCCGGGAACUGCAGUUUCCUCCCACAGUCCAAAGAUGUACCUGUUAGUAGGUUAAUUGGUCAUUGUAAACUGUCUUGUGAUCAGGCAGGGGUUAAAUAGGAGUGUUACUGGUGGCAUGACAUGAAGUACCUAUUCUGCACCGAAUCGCUAAAUAAAGAUGUUUUUCUCAGCCCAUUGAAUCUCCACUAGCUCUGAGCAAUCUAGCCAGUUAGUCAUAGCACUGCAUAAUUGAAUUGAAUUGACUUUGUAAUUGACUUACAUCCUUCACAUACAUGUAAAAAUCUUUACGUUACAUCUCCAUCUGAAUGUGCAAU